AUGCCGUCCCUCGCGCCGCCGCCACGCCCGGUCAACAGGCAGGCGCUCCCGCCGCCGGCUGUGUCGCUGCGAGCGCCUGAGCCAGCGGAGGAAGAGUCGAGCGAGUACGAUACGGAGAGCGAGUCGAGCGAGGAGGCGCCGGCGCCGCUGCUCAAGCCCGUGUUUGUGUCAAAGCGCGAUCGAAAGUCAGCCUCUGCGCCCACAGAGCAUGUGGAUACAACGCGCCGCGAUGCGGCGUCCGCACACGCUGCAAAGCAGGUCGCGCACGAUCUGGCGGCCGCGCGCGUCGUGCGUGACCUGCAGGAGAAGCAGCACGAGGCUGCGCACAGAGAGGUCGACGACACGGACGGCAUCGAUCCCGACGCGGAGUUCGCGGCGUGGCGUGCGCGUGAGCUUGCACGCCUUGAGCGCCUGCGCGUCGCGGACGAGGCGCGGCAGGCUGAGGCGGCGGAGCUGCAGCGGCGGCGCGCCCUGUCGGAAGCCGAGCGCCUGGAAGAGGACCUCGCGCACGCACAGAGCACGCGGCAGGCCAAGCAGCGGGGGCAGCAAGGAUUCCUGCAGAAGUACUACCACAAGGGCGCGUUCUUCCAGGAUAUGGACAUUUUGCAGCGCGACUACUCACAGAGCACCGUCGAUGCUGUCGACAAGCGCCAUCUACCCCAAAUUCUUCAGAAACGCCACUUCGGCCAGCGCAGCCAAAGCAAGUGGACGCACCUGGCCGCGGAAGACACGUCGCGGCAGGGCCUGCCCGACUUGCGCGACCCCGCGGCGCACCGGCCCCGCCCCCGCCCGCGGACGUAG